AUGAUAUCAGUGACAUUACAGUUAUCGUUAACAUUGAUAACAUGGUCGUUUCAAUGUGCCAAAAAGAAACAACCACCACCAGCGACUGUGAAUACAGUCGAGGCACAAAGUGCAAAUACCGUAAGUCCAGCAAAUAUGCCCACAACAUCAACCGAAGGAAAAAGUGAUGCGAAAAAUCAAGACGAAAAGAAAGAGGGAAAUGCUGAGAAGGAGAAGGAAAAAGAGAAGAAGCAAUCGAAGAAGGAGUCGAAGGAGGAGGAGAAGAAGGAGGAGAAAGGCGAUCAGAAGAACGACGAGAAAAGCGAUGUGAAGAAAGAUUCGAAGGAUGAAAAAAAUGAUCAAAAGGAAUCAUCAAAUCCUGAUGAAAGUCGGUGA